AUGGGUGUGAUAUUAUAUAUGUUGUUGUUGUUCGGCUCGUCGAUCGCGGCCUCCCCCGACCCCACCGGCCGCAACCCCUGCGAGCACCGCCUAUACAACGCGCAACCUUACCCGGAGGACUGCAGGAAAUACAUCGUAUGCUACCUGUUCAAGCCGUACGUGAUCGAAUGUCCGUUCCAGUUGUUCUACGAUGAGGAAACCAAUAGUAAACCUAGUAACACUAAUACCUACGUCGACGUCAUCUUCAACUACAACACCCACAACGACGACUUCAACUACAACACGAUCUACGACAACUCCUUCAACUACAACAUCGUCUAUGACAAAAUCAACGACAACGACAAAAUCCACGAUGACGACACCUUUAACUACAUCAUCCUCUUCUACAACUACAACGACAAAGUCAACUACAACAAGAUCUACAACAACGCCUUCAACUACAACACGUUCUACAACAACGCCUACAACUACAACAAGAUCUACGACAACUCCUUCAACCACAACACGAUCCACAACAACUCCUUCAACUACUACACGAUCUACGACAACGCCUUCAACUACAACACGAUCUACGACAACUCAUUUAACUACCACAAGAUAUACGACAACUCCUUCAACUACAACAUCAUCUACAACUACACGAUCUACGACAACGCCCUCAACUACAACACAAUCCACAACAACUCCUACAACUACAACACAAUCCACAACAACUCCUUCAAACACAACACGAUCCACUACAACUUCUUCAACCACAACCAGAUCCACGACCACUCCUGCAACUACAACACGAUCUACGACAACUCCUUCAACUACAACACAAUCCACAACAACUCCUUCAACCACAACACGAUCCACAACAACUCCUUCAACUACAACACGAUCUACGACAACUCCUUCAACCACAACAAGAUCCACGACCACUCCUUCGACUACAACACGAUCUAUGACAACGCCCUCAACUACAACAACUCAUUCAACCACAAAAAGAUCCACGACAACUCCUUCAACUACAACUACACGACCUACGACAACGCCUUCAACUACAACAUCAUCUUCAACAACACCGUCUACAACAACUUCUACUACUACAGGAUCUUCGACAACUCUUUCAACUACCACAAGAUCUACGACAUCACCUUCAACUACAACAUCAUCUACAACUACACGAUAUACGACAACGCCCUCAACUACAACAAGAUCUACGACGACGCGUUCAACUACAACACGACCCACAACAACUCCUACAACUACAACACAAUCCACAACAACUCCUUCAACCACAACACGAUCCACAACAACUCCUUCAACCACAACCAAAUCCACGACCACUCCUUCAACUACAACACGAUCUACGAUAACUCCUUCAACUACAACACAAUCCACAACAACUCCUUCAACUACAACACGAUCUACAACGACUCCUUCGACUACAACACGAUCUACGACAACGCCCUCAACUACAAAAACUCAUUCAACCACAACAAGAUCUACAACAACUCCUUCAACUACCACAAGAUCUACAACAACUCCUUCAACAACAACACAAUCUACAACAACUCCUUCUACCACAACAAGGUCCACGACAACUCCUUCAACAACAACAAGAUCCACAACCACUCCUUCAAUUACAUCACGAUCUACGACAACUCAUUCAACCACCACAAGAUCUACGACAACUUCUUCAACCACAACACGAUCCACACAAUCUACUUCAACUACAACACCAUCUACAACAACGCCUUCAACUACAAUGUCAUCUUCAACAACACGAUCUACAACAACUCCAUCAACUACCACAAGAUCUCCGACAACUCCUUCAACCACAACAAGAUCCACGACCACUCCUUCAACUACAACAAGAUCCACCACUACUCCUUCAACCACACCAAGAUCCACUACCACUCCUUCAACUACAACACAAUCUACAACAACGCCUUCAACUACAACAUCAUCUUCAACAACACGAUCUAG